UCAAAUUCGCAAAACAAUUUACUUCUCUUCUAUAAUAAUGAUACAACUUUUAAUAGAAUAAAUGUUUAUUUAUUCAAGAAAUUUCAGUUUUUAGGAAAAUUUAUAAUAAUUGCCAUUAGUAAAUAUACCGGCAUUAAUAUUUUGCUGAUUUAAACACGAAAAUCUGCAACACUGCAACACUGCUUUAUUUGAAGCUUGUACAAUAACCUAGACAUUGUAGUUAAAGUGCCGAAUCUAAAGUUAGUUAUAGAAUUUCGAUUAAAAUAGUUUUUGUGAUUGCCGGAGUCUCUUUUACAAUUAUUUUGACAAAUUCAAUUAGCAAAUUCUUCUUAGAAGAAUAAUUUAUUUAUGAAAUUAUUUUUGUUGCCGGUUGUCAGAUUGGCAGUUUAAUUAUCGUUUUUCAAGUCUACAGGCCAAUAUCACAAUGACAAGUGAAAAAGGUUCUCCUCCUAUGACCAAUAAUCCAUUAGAACAAUUUGUGAUCCUUGCAAAAUCAGUUCAUGGAGCUGCAACAGUUGAACUAGUAAGACAAGUUUUAUCAGCACCUGGAGUUCAUGUGUUCGGAGAACUUCUUGAUAUGCCAAGCAUUAAAGUAUUGGAUAAUUCUCCGAAUGCUAAUUCUUAUAAUACACUAAAUCUUUUCGCUUAUGGAACAUACCGUCAAUAUCUUGAAACCAAAAAUAAUUUUCUUGAAUUGACCGAUGUUGAGAAAAAGAAACUUCAGCAUCUUACAAUUGUUACAUUAGCUACCAAAAUGAAGUGCAUUCCAUAUUCUGUGCUUUUACAAGAACUGGAUAUUAAAAAUGUCAGAGAUUUAGAAGACUUAAUCAUUGAAGCGAUUUACGCAGAUAUUAUACAUGGUAAAUUAGACCAGAAAAAUUCACAAUUGGAAGUUGAUUACGCUAUCGGAAGGGAUACGAGAGAUUCCGACUUGGGCGUCAUCAUCAACACCCUGCAAGAAUGGUGCGACUCCUGCGAGGCUGUAUUGAGUGCUGUAGAAAAACAGAUGCAGCAAGCCAAUAUGGAGAAAAAUAAAGCCAUCAAGCAUAGAGAAGCCAUCGACACUGAGGUUGUAAAUAUAAAAAAGACACUGAAAAGUCAGUCCCAAGAAGUAGAAGAGGCAAUGGCAACUGAUUCCCGAGAAGCUGUAGCUCACGGAGACAAAAUGAAGAAAUCUAUGAAAUCGAAAAUGAUAAGAGGCAGCGCGAAACUGUGGCAAAAGUGAUACGAUCUGGUCAAAAACAAACACUCCUGAAGGAGGCUUAAGAUUACAACUGUCCUCUCUCUUUCUCCUCUCAUGUCGUUUCUGUCGCGUUAUACUUCAACCUCGUCCUCGUUAUCAAACUUUGUCGUCUCAUCUUCAUCUACUUUCCUCGGUCAAAUGAAAAAGACAUUAGACUUAACCAUUGAGGGAAGAAUAUGUUGAAGUUCUCUUAUGUUUUGGUUUGUUUUUUUUUUCCUCUGUAUCUUUGUCUAUAAAUUAUAUAAAUAUUUAAGAAGGAAAAAAAAUUAUUAAUUGUAUCCUUGGUUUUUGUAAUGGAUCGAAACAUAAAUCAUUGCACGAUUUAUAUUGUUUAGAUAUGAAAUUGUAAGAGGUUGUGCAUGAAGUUAUCUGUGUAAUUUAGUUUUUGUAUUAUUAAAAAUACUUUUUAUACAGAAAAAAAAGUUAAAGUACCAAUACCUUUUAGAUCAUUUAGAAACCUGUAAAAUUAAUUGUAUUAUUUCAUAGAGGUAUAACAACACUCUCUGUUUUCUUUUUCUUUUUUUUAAAUCAGAUUAAUUCAUUGUUUUUUUUAAUUUAUGUCUGUUUAAUAGUUUCAAAUUAUAAAAAUUAAUGCCUUCUAAUAAAAUUCUAAUUCAGACUAAUUACAAACAAGCAAACUAACUCCAGUUAUUUCCUAUUUCUAUGACGAUAUCUACAUUUGAUUAUUUAGUACAUUAGCUCGUAUAGUUUGUUGGGAUCUUUGUAUAAAAUAUUGUAAAUUUAGGUGCAAUGCUAGAAAUUUUAAAUGUAAUUAUUAUAACAACAGUCCAAUAAAGUAAAAUAUUUCAGAAACAUUUGAAAAAAAUAAUGAUUUAUGUUAUUUUAUAAUAUAAUUUCUUUGAUUUAAUUUUGUGUAUAUAUAUAUAUAUUCGACUUCUUGUGACAUGAUUUCACAUUCUUUAUCAGAAAUUAUUUCUCAAAUCAAUUUCAGUAAUGUUGAAUAUCGUGUAACAACGAAAUUAGAUUGAAUAAAUUUCCAUAUAUUGAUAAAGGGUGGCCAUUCUUCAAAUUAUACUUCUUUCUAAAACUUACUCUGGUUUUCGAAAGCUGAUUACCAAAUAAGUCUAUUUGAUCCACGUAUAUAAACAUUUUUGUAAACUCUUUUUAUAACUUAUUUUUUGAUCAUUUGCAUUUAAAUACUUUUUUUCAUAAAAUAAUAAAUUACUGAUCGAUCUUUACAUUCUGGUAGAAAUGCUGCAAAUGAUUUCAUAAUUAAAUUUCAUUAAAUCUGUGUUGAUAUAAUUUAUGUUGUAUUGAACUUCUAUAAAAAAUACAUCAUACGUAAUUUUAUUGAGCUUUAAAAAAAAAAAUUAUCCAAAAGAAGAGAAUAUAGUUUUCUUAUUUGUAAUUAAUUAAUGAGCCUAAUCUGAUAAAUUAACAAAUUUUAUGGUUAUAUUUGACGUCCUAUGAUUCUGUUAUAAAUAAAAUUGAAAUUCCAUACUCAAAUAAUUAUUAAAGAGGUUAAGUUUAAACCUAAAGAACUAUUGGUAGUAAUAUUUCAGAUUCAAACAAAUUUUAACUAUAUAAAUUAAAGUCGAUAAAUCAAUUUAUAGGGUGUUUAUUUUUCACUAAUUCUUUAUUUUCGUUGCCAUGGCAACGUUUUGGGCUUUUAACACCAUUUUCAAGGCAUUCAGAUGCUGAAAAAUUGCCAUGGUAACGAAUAUAAUAAAAAUUGGUGAAAUAUAUAUAACCUUAAUAAUUUUAUUAACUAAUUUGAACUUCACCUUAAACAAAAAUAAAUUCUAGUUGUAUAUCGGCACUUUAACUGUGAUAUCUGUUAAGUGCAAACAAAAUCAUAAUUACGAACUUAUACAUUUAAAAUAUAUAUAUAUUGAUGUAUCAUUCUAGAAAAAUUCUGUCUCAAUCAUUGUUCCAUUGGAUAGUAGUUAUAUUAUAGCAUAGGAACACAAGGCAGUUUCUGUCCUCCCCAUAUUUUAUGAAU